AUUCCCCUUGACCUUCAUGUAUCCAGGAAAUACAAUCGAAAUUUAGUCGGAAUUUGUGAAUUGGGAGACUGCCGCGACUGAGCGGUUGUCGCAACACACAGCUUAGAUAUGGGCGCCAUACCUGCCAUGGCCAUGGGAAAGCUUCUUAAUCCACGUCUCACUUCCUCCUCCCAUUCUCCCUUCUCUUUGUCUCCCUCAAGUUGUUUUCCACAAUGCUUUCCAAUCAGCUCUUCUUCCGGCACUUUUCAAUUGAAAGGUGGCGCCCGGCUGAUGCGCUUUGCUUCCAAUGUGGUGACCGUAAUGGGUGGAUAUGUCGUGGAGAAUCCUUGCAAGUUGUGUGCGUUUCAGCACGUUGGCAGUGGAAGUGUAGAGAGGAACGAUGCUGCUUCGACAGGACCUUUGGUGAAGCCUGAGGAUAAAGGACACGGGAGCUCAAAAUCUAGAUCCAUACGUGGAUCGUGGGAUUGAGAUCAGUUGAUACAAUGGCACUCAAUGCUUCGCACGGCGAAUGAGAGCUUAUUAUUUUCGAAAAUGAACAACACAGUUAAAGGAUAUAUAAGAAAGUGGCAAACCAAAGCAAAAAAGCGGUUGAAGCCAUGGUAGCUCACAAAUUUACCGAGGGUCUUUAGAAGACGCAAAACAUCACCAAUUGAGGUAAUAUACAGCAUUUAAUUGGCUCUUUCCAACACAAUUACAACGUGCAAUUGCAGUAGCAAAUCUAUGCUCAGAGAUCUGGGUCGUGAACAAAUUUACUCAUGUCGAGUUGUUAGGUCUAGAAAAUAGAUGUAAAUAUUCAUUUCCUUUUCGGCAUACAGGUGAUGUAUAUAAACCCCCAUAUUCCUUAAGGUUUUGGCGCUUAUUCAUCAAUACUCAUUGUUAAGAAUGAGUAGUAGUGUA